UGUGCCACAGAGAGGGGUCUCAGUGCUGCCUCCGGCAUGUGUGCCAUAGGUUCACCACCACUGAUCUAGGAAAACCAGAGAUGAGCAGAGCAAUACUCCUCAAUGAGGCGUCUCAUUAGGCAAAAGGCAAGGCAUAUAUAAUUUAUAGAGAUUGACCCUUUCACUUUCUAGCUCUUCCAUCUUGUUUAUAAUUCUUGACCAGUUGACUACCUAAUUUGGCACCCCUUGACUCUCAGAAUGUAUUUGGACUACUCUGUGGUUUAUCACACUGUGUUCAGCUUUCUUCAGGCAAGCUUUCUUGCUAGGCAUUUGACUCACAUUCUGUCUUCUCUUAUCUGCCUAAAAACUGUAGUAAAUGUCAGCUCCAAACACCUGUUUAUGCACAUCGGCAACAUGUAUAAUGCAAGGAGUGUCUUCUGCCCAAACUCUUCUUGACAAUGUAAGUCUUUUCAGUGCUGAUUCUACACAGACAAAGACAUCUACACAUACAUUGCAGCAGGAAAUUGAUUGAUGAAGUUGUCAUAGCAACUUUUUUGCAAAAUAUCAUCCUUUCCUAAUCAGCUGGAUAGAUGACUGUGCUCUGCUCUGUUAAUUUCACUUGUUGUGGCAUUGUUGGCUGUGCUCAUGAGGCUGCUUUAGAAGGCUGCAGGGCAGGAUGGGAAUUAAGCCACCUGCUCAGAUAAUUAAUGGGGGUAAAAUUCCUUCCCAGGGGUGCAAAAAACACACCAAACAACCACCACCACCAUAAGAUGUAUAUUGCACUUGUGGUUCCUUUCACAAUAUCUUCUGGGUUGUGUGGGUGGAGUCUUUCCUGUGUUGCUACAGGUUAAAAGCAUUAAUACUCACCUCCCUCUGCUAGUAUGCAUUUCUCUAGCAGCUUCCUAGACUGCCGAUCCAUCCGGUGCUUGCUUAUAACAUGCAUUUCUCUUUCUUCAUAAAUGCUAGUCUCUAAAUAUAAUGGUGAUUGUGCAGGUGGAUUUAAAACUAUAAGAAUCGCUGCCCAGGAUGGGGGCAAGGAGAGCCUUCAGGGUUUUUGGCAUCACAGUCAGGAUGCGUCCUGUCCAAAAAUCUGUGUGUGCACUGAUGGUGCUGAUAGCAUCCCUGGCUUUCCUGUAUCUUCACGUGUGGUCUCCAAAGCAUUACAGUACGGUGGACAUGCGACAUCGGCCUGAUCAGCUGCCCCGGCUUUUGUUGCCCGAUGACCUGCUGGUGCCCGACAAGAAAUAUAUGCACAUUGCUUUCCGGAUCAAAGAGGAGAUUCUGCAGCUUCUUCCUAAAAAUUCCUGUAAAUGUGAGGUACAAGCAAGUUGGAACCUGCCCUUUCAGAAACAGCUCUUUGGUCAGGAGUACUCCCUGGAAUUUACUAAUGGCGUUGAGCCUUCUGACCUGGUGAACAUCAACAGCAAACGGGAACAGGAAUACCAUGGUUAUCAACAAAGGUCUCAAUCUCCACUUGAUCAGCUGAUCAUUGUCCAAGCCAACUCACCACUAGAAUAUCCAGUUCAAGGUGUAAAAGUUCGCCCCCUCCAGACCAUUCUUAUUCCAGGCUUGAGCUUGCAGGCGGCUGAAAGAACAUUAUAUCGGGUCAACCUGACAGCAAAAAUGGGUACUUUUGAUGUGGCUGCGGAGGUAGAAGGCGUCAAAGUGGAAGGGGAGGGACAAAUGCACCUCUCCCUGUCCGGAUCCCAACUGGACAAUCUAAACCGGCAAAUGCAGUUUGUCACCUACACUAACACCCUCUUCCAUCCUAAUACAGCAGAUAUAGUGCAGUUUUCUACUGAUGAGCAUCGUGCAUCUUUCAGCAUUCGCAUCCAACAUCCACCUACUCCCAAGCUCUACUAUCCAGACUCAUCCAGUGGGGGAGCUAGUGAAGGAACCUACAACAUCAGUGCCCUGGUCACCAUAGCUACCAAAACCUUCAUACGCUAUGACAAACUGCGAGUGUUGAUUGACAGCAUCCGCAAGUUCUACCCCACUGUGAACAUCAUCAUUGCAGAUGAUAGCCUGGACAUCGAACAUGUGCAGGGACCCCACAUUGAGCAGUACUUCAUGCCCUUUGGCAAGGGUUGGUUUGCUGGUAGAAAUCUUGCCAUCUCCCAGGUGACCACCAAAUAUGUUUUGUGGGUGGAUGACGAUUUCAUUUUCACACCCCGCACCAAAGUGGAAAAGCUGGUAGAUGUCCUUGAGAAAACUUCCCUGGAUUUGGUGGGUGGAGCAGUACGGGAGAUUACAGGCUACAUCACCACCUACCGCCAACAGAUCAGCGUGGACCCUGGUGGUGAGGCUGGAGAUUGCCUGCGAAUCCAUCAGGGCUAUCACCAUGUCAUUGAAGGUUUCCCUGAUUGUGUAGUCACCGAUGGCGUGAUCAACUUCUUCUUGGCACGUACAGAGAAGGUGCUGCAAGUUGGCUUUGACCCUCACCUCAACCGGGUUGCCCACCUUGAAUUCUUCAUUGAUGGCCUGGGUAUUCUGCAUAUUGGUUCCUGCUCCAAUGUGGUGGUAGACCAUGCCUCUAAGAUCAAGCUACCGUGGUUAAAAUCGGUAAAGGAGAAGCAAUAUGCCAAGUUCCGCUAUCCCAACUCAACAGAUGGCACGAUGAACUCCAAACUAAAAAAUUUCUACUUCAAGAACCAUUUCAAAUGCAUGACAGGCAAUUAGUCUUUAGUGAGAGGGUGCUGAGCCCCAGCCUUGACAACUGGCUAAGCCCUCAAGUGACUUGGGUCUCAGACAGCCUGCUCUGGCAGCUAGCCACAGCUCUUGGCAAACAAGCUUGCCUGUCUACUAGCCAAAUGCCCAGAACUCAGGGAGGCUUCAACAUUCUCAGGUCUGAAGAGCAACUUGAGAAAUGAGCUUCAUGCUGCUUAAAAAACAAAACAAAACAAAAAAAAACCUGUGUUCUAACAGAAUUAAUUGGACAAGCCACCUUCCAGACCUUGUUGAUGAAAGGAGGAUGUUGUCUGCUUGUCAUUUUGUCACUCUGUUUCACCUAUUUUUGCAUCUGAACUGAACCAGAUUCCACGGGGAGUGAUUCUGGAAGAGGCUGCCCCAUGAAGCCUGGAUGUUUUCCCCUCUCCUGGUUGAGAGCAGCCAACUGCCUCUGUUACAUUGGACUCCCCUUCCAACUUUGGACUAGCGCAUACCUAUAGGUCAUGUCAAAAACUUGCAAUCUCUGGCAAUGUCCCAGCAUCCUUUACCUCCAAUUAAUUUAAACUACAGAAGGGGACAGGAUCGGGAGGUGGAGAAACCUGAAUUCUGGGACUUUCUCCAGCAUCACAGUUUUUGUGCCAAGGUUUUGAAGAUGAGCCUGUCUGUCCCCAGCUCCCUCCAACCUCAAACUGACAAUGUUCUGGGAUAUUGUGAAGUGCCAAAGACUAACGAUGGAAAGCCACCACCAGAGGGAAACCUUGAAGUGUGCAUUGCAGCAAAGCAGCCUUGAAAGGCCACAGAUUUAUCCGGUGCAUUUCAGAUUCGAGGCACUCCCAGGCUUACAGCAAAAAUGGCCUGAUAUGGCAUGGACAUUGGAGGGUGGACCAGCUUAUUUUCUAUGGUGAUAAGGUUGUUGUUGUUUUUUACAGUGAAGUAGAAAGACUGUCCAUGACAGAUUGCCAUUUUUUUAUUAUUAUUAUUAUUUUAGACAGAAUCCAUUUCCAAAGCUUCUUCUCAUUCCUUAAACUUCUCCAUCCCAGAUCUCUGGCUUUUUAGUUCCAACCAUGGAACCUUCUGCACCCUUGUUUUUCCUAAAACUUAUGAUUUAUUAGGGAGGUUUUAGAAAAACAACACAAAUCAAGGCUGGGAAAAGAUUCUGCACAAUCGUUCCAUGGCAUAGGGUUUGGCUCAUAGCGUACGUAACCCAAGAGAUUGUAACCACUCAGGCUCCAUUCUUCCUUCUGCCUAUUUGUGUCCUUCUUACUGGCAGCUGGGCUGCCGAUUUCAUUGAGAUAAAAGUAUCCAAGUACCAGCCUAACGGGUUAAGAUGCGUGUGCAUUUUUAGCAUAGAAAGUGACAAAAACCAGAGAGGUGGGGUAGAUUUCAAAAUCUCUGUAGCACGCGUGUUAUAGGAAUUCAUACAGAUUGAUUUGCAAAGUUGUUCCUUGCUGCAAAAGGACAAACUCUUCUUUCCUCCGAGUUGCUAGAUGAAUAUUUUAAAAAUAAAGGACUGUGUAGGAUAUGCUUAUUGGACAUAAGAUAUGGAUUGAGUAUGGCCUGGAAACCGUAAGUACUGCACCAGUCGCGUUCAUGCUUAUAUGGGAAUAAGCUGCACUAAGCAUAAUAAGACUUGUAAGUACUAUUUUAUUUGGAAUUAAAUCCUGCUCAUACCACCAGAACAAUGCAGUAAUAAAUUAAGUACACAUAAAAGCUUUAAAAAAAUGGCACUGCAUUUUGACACUUCCCACCCCCACCCCACCAGUAAGUAGGAAAGAAAUUCCAUGUGAUAAUGGAGUGGUUGCUCCCCUGCCUGAAAUGCUAAUUUUGAUUUUAAAAAAAGUUCAAAAGCUUGCUUAUUUACAUAUUUAUUGUUCAAGGAUGGUUGCAUACUCAGCAUCCAAUUCUGAGCUGGUGCUGUCCAAGAAAACCUUAGCUACAGUACUUGAUGCUGCUGAGGGUAUAAAAUGAGCCUAUGGAGAUUCUCAGUCAAUCCGGGUCGUGGUUGUCCCAAAGGUGCAUUUUCAGGAGGCAACUGGACUUUCUUGUUUUUUCUUUGAAGACGUUUCACUUCGCCUCCGAGAAGCUUCUUCAGCUCUAAUAUUGUGCACAUUCCAAAAACGUGAAUCAAUUCAUUAACUAUGUUUAGCAUUUGGUCCUACCGGUUCCAACAGCAAUGCUGAUCUGAGAGGAUCUCUCUGGCGAGGAAAAGAAAAAAAGAAGGUGCCCCAGUACAAAAGAGUCCUUUGAUGGAAUUGGCUUCCUUUCUUUUCUGGCAAUCAAGCUUUUCUAUAAUUCCCAUUGAGCAUUAUUUCCUAGGUUGAAACCCUCUCCUUCCUUUUGGCUGCCAUCAUCCUGUGAUGACUUCAAUUUCUGUUUCCAGGAAAGUAAUAAAAGACUUUUUUAAAAAUUAA